AUGGCGGCCGUACACGUGCUCGAUAACUACUACCUUGCGAUAACCUUUUUGGUUACAGUUGCCUACCAACUCUUCUUCUUCGCGAUAGCGUUUUCGCUGAAAUUCGACAAACUCACUGAUUUCGCCGGCGGCACAAAUUUCAUCCUUCUCGCUAUCCUCACACUUUCUUUCAGCGAAAAUAGGGAUGAGCCACGCAACAUCGUAGUCUCGCUCUUCAUUAUGCUAUGGGCGGCACGACUAAGUGGAUUCUUACUUUUUCGUAUCCUCAAAACAGGCAAAGAUGACAGGUUCGAUGAUAAGCGGGAUAAGUUUUGGUCGUUCCUUGGGUUCUGGGUUUUUCAAAUGUUUUGGGUCUGGACCGUUUCAUUGCCCGUGACGCUACUCAACUCGCCAAAUGUUACCAAGUUCAGCCAGCCCGAGUUCGGGACGGGAUGUGAUAUUGCAGGUGUUAUCCUUUGGGGAAUCGGAUUCAUCAUGGAGAGCGUUUCCGACAUUCAAAAGUAUCGAUUCCGCACUGCACAUGGGAGCGACGGUGCGGUCUGCGAUGUGGGAUUCUUUGCGUGGACCAGGCAUCCCAACUACUUCGGAGAGAUCAUUAUUCAGUUUGGUAUCUUCACCAUUGCCGUAUCGCCAGCAGCGUACAACUACGUCUCAGGAGGUGCCUACGAUGCUCUCUACGCGUCGAUCCUCGGACCUUUCUUCUUGACCCUGCUUCUCAUGUUCGUGUCAGGUCUUACGCUGCAGGAACGCCCAGCAGCAAAGAAGCGGUACGAGAAGGGCAGCCAUUGGCCUGAGUACGAAAGGUACCUCCAACGAACCAGCAUCCUCAUCCCCUUCCCACCGGCACUAUACGCGAGGAUGCCGGUAUUCCUGAAGCGAACCCUGUUCCUGGAGUUCCCAAUGUACGUCUUCGAUCCCGCCAAGCACGCAGACCAGAGCAAAGCGCAAGCUCAGUCUGCAGAAGACGGUCGCGCUAGGUACAGCGAAGACCAAAGCCUUACGACUUGA